AUGCCCAGCGCCACGGGAUCGAACUGGGAGAAGUACCAGAAGAACUUCGCGGACGAUGAGGAGCCCGAGAAGAAGAUCACACCUCUUUCAGAUGAUGACAUCGCCGUACUCAAGACCUACGGCGCCGCUCCCUACGCAAACGCGCUCAAGAAGCUAGAGAAGGACAUCAGGGACAAGCAAGCAAGCGUCAAUGAGAAGAUCGGUGUGAAGGAAUCCGACACCGGCCUCGCACCUCCACACCUUUGGGAUGUCGCCGCCGACCGACAACGGAUGGCCGAGGAACAGCCACUGCAGGUAGCUCGAUGCACAAAGAUUAUUCAGGAUGAGAAGGACUCGGACAAGAGCAAAUAUGUCAUCAACGUCAAACAGAUUGCCAAGUUCGUCGUCAACUUAGGGGAGCGUGUCAGUCCGACAGAUAUUGAGGAAGGCAUGCGAGUCGGUGUCGACCGGAAUAAGUACCAGAUCAUGCUACCACUCCCGCCCAAGAUCGAUCCCAGCGUGACGAUGAUGACGGUCGAAGAUAAGCCAGAUGUUACAUACGGUGAUGUGGGUGGAUGCAAGGAGCAGAUUGAGAAGCUACGAGAGGUUGUGGAGAUGCCAUUGCUAUCACCAGAGCGGUUCGUGAAUCUGGGUAUUGAUCCGCCCAAGGGCGCUUUGCUCUACGGCCCUCCUGGUACUGGUAAAACUCUCUGUGCUCGUGCUGUGGCCAAUCGAACGGAUGCGACCUUCAUCCGUGUGAUUGGUAGCGAGUUGGUCCAGAAGUACGUUGGCGAGGGAGCUCGGAUGGUCCGUGAGCUGUUCGAGAUGGCGCGCACAAAGAAGGCCUGCAUCAUUUUCUUUGACGAGAUUGAUGCCGUCGGUGGUGCUCGAUUUGAUGAUGGCGCCGGUGGUGACAACGAAGUCCAGCGUACCAUGCUGGAGCUGAUUACCCAGCUGGACGGCUUCGACGCCCGUGGUAAUAUUAAGGUCAUGUUCGCCACUAACCGCCCGUCUACAUUGGACCCGGCGCUGAUGCGCCCUGGCCGUAUUGACCGCAAGAUUGAAUUCUCUCUCCCCGACGUCGAGGGUCGUGCAAACAUUCUGCGCAUCCACGCCAAGAGCAUGUCUGUCGAGCGUGAUAUUCGGUGGGAGUUGAUCUCCCGCUUGUGCCCCAACGCAACAGGUGCAGAGCUGCGCAGUGUGGCGACCGAGGCUGGCAUGUUUGCCAUUCGGGCGCGGAGAAAGGUGGCAACAGAGAAGGACUUCUUGGCAUCAGUGGAAAAGGUCAUCAAGGGCAACCUUAAGUUCAACUCCACGGCAACCUACAUGCAGUAUAACUAG